AUUUGUCGUGCGUCCAUAUUCCGUUUCUCACCGUGUCCAUGUUUUUGUCAUCCCAUUGACGCAUUCACUACAUUUCGACGAUCAACAGUUCCACUACGACUGUGUGCGCAAGGCGAACGCAUCGGCCGCCGCGCUCCUUGUGAUCAUCUCCGCCGCCAAUUUAUCAGCGUUAUAUUUUACCAUAACAUGUUGUUUUAGUGUGAACAGUGUGAUUCAAGAUUUUGUCGUUAUCAUUGUCGUGUCGUUUUUUCGAUUUAAAUAUUUUGCUCGUCGUCUUCCUAAUUUAUUGUAGCGGUACCUACCCGUCUAUUUCGUAAAAGUGCAUUUAUUUUUUACUAUUGCUUCUCCGUAACGAUGAUCCACGAAAACUGUUGACCGCGGUCGUCGAAAACUACACUUUUUUUUUGUCUAGUACCCGGUGAUGCGGCAUAGUAUUUAAAAAAAAAAAAAUAAAAAUAUUACCCAAUAAAUAUUUUCGACAAUUUGCCGAGUGCGUCGUGCGUGUGCGGUGUAUCGAUGUGGUGCGUCUAGAAAUUGUGUUUUAUCGCAGCGGGCAUCCAGCAGCUUCCGAAAUGCCUGCUGAAGACGAUUCGUCCGUGUUGUCCAACAUCUGCGUGGGCUGCGAAUGGUUGGCCACUGAACUGUCGUCCAGUAACAAGUGUCAGUUGCUAAUACUGGACUGCCGUAGUUCUAUGGACUUCUCAGAGUGUCAUAUCCGAGACGCUGUCAACUUCAGCAUACCCACCAUUAUGCUGAGACGGUUGGCCGCUGGUAAGAUUGACUUGGCGUCCACCGUCAAGUGCACUGAUCUCAGAGAGCAAAUUGUCAAUGCGUACAAGCAAAGCGUGUUUGUGCUGUACGGCGAUGAGUGUUUGGACGAUCGCAAGACUACUUCGUCGGUAUCAGAUACGAUGAUCGUGUUGGCCAAGCGAUUAUUGAAGGAUGGAUGUAAGGUUCAUUGUCUGAACGAGAGUUUCGAUGCGUUCCAACAAUCGUAUCCAGAAUGGUGUGAGUCGUUUUUGGAACGUUGUGCCCGAGCUAACGACGACAUGACAGGUUUCAUCGGUGACACGGACACCCUGAUGGGUUUGCGGUCGCUGCACAUCACACCGUCGCUUGUGCCACAUACCCGGAACGCACGACGCCAGCACCAAUUACUCUCCGUGCUCAGCACGUCGCCCGAGAGCUCUGGAGGUUCGGACAUCGACAGUCUGUCGGACGUGGACAGCUCCAGUUCGAUACUUGGCUACGAUGAGGACCGUGACUUUCCAGUAGAGAUCCUACCCGACCUGUUCCUUGGCAACGCGACCAAUUCAGAAGACUUGGAAUGGCUUAAGAAACAUCGGAUAGAGUAUAUUCUGAAUGUUACGUCGGACUUGCCUAACACUUUCGAAGAACAAGGACAUAUCAAGUACAUGCAGAUACCAAUUUCCGAUCACAUCGGACAAAACCUUGCCAGCUUUUUCCCUCAAGCAAUAGAAUUCAUCGAUAAGAGUCGAGCGCAAAAGAAAGGCGUCUUGGUGCACUGCCUGGCCGGUAUAUCUCGGUCGGUGACGGUGAUGCUGGCGUACCUGAUGGCCCACCGGCAACUGACGCUCAACGAGGCGUACAACAUGGUGCUGAAGCGCAAGGCGAACAUCGACCCGAACUUCCACUUCAUGCAGCAGCUGCACUCGUUCGAGAAGCAGCUGCUGGACGCCCGGACGCAGCCCAAGCAGCAGUCGGCCAACUCGACGGGCUCGUCGACGUCAAGCUACCUGAGCCCGCUGUCGACGGCCGUCCAGAGUCCCGAUAGCGGCAUCGAGUUCGACCGGUGGACGCCCGGCACCGGUGGAUGAGAAACAUUUGAGGGCGACGAACAACAACGACGAUCGCCCCAGACCAAAUAUCGCUUCUGACCGAACGCCACCGCUUCAUGUAUUAUUCUACCAUUACUAUUACUACUACUACUACUACUACUACUACUACUACUACUACUACUACUGUUACUACUACUAUUACUACUAUUACUUUUAUGCAGUCGUCACAGUCUUCGUUUCCUAAACGUUUUUGUUUUUUUUUUUUACUAUACACAAUAGAUCUAUGCAUUUAAAAAAAAACAACAAAAUGUUAAACCCCCCUCAAAAAUGUUAUUAAAUUCGUUCUGUGUAAGUGUACUUCGGAGUUUAACUCGUGCGACUUAUUUCGAUCAAACGACUGUCCCCUCCCCCCAUUUUUGUCAAUAGUGCUCAUCAUACUUAUUAUUAUUAUUAUUAUUUUUUUUUUUUUAAAAAAAAUUUUAAAUCGCACAAUUCUUUAAAUUAUUAUUUUAUCUGUACUGUUAAGGACUAAUAUUAUAUAAUUUUAUUAAGUUAUACCAUCGAUUAUUUUUCUGGAGAUUUAUUGCACACUAUGUUCCAAGCCUGUGUAACUACGCGUUAAAAGAAAAAAGAUUUUUUAUCAUCGCGUUUCGUUGACGAGAUGUUCAUAAAUUAUUUCUUGUAUAUUAUUCAUUUAAGUAUUACAUUUGCCACCUGCGAUGUGGUGGAACAUGUCUUUUUAAAAAUGAUUGUCGUUGUUAUAUAUUUUAUACUUAAUUUAUUUAUGUUGUACUGUAAAUGUUUAUAUUUCUAGACUGAUUUAUGGUCCGAUGCCAUUUAAUUUAUUCGUUCGGCCGAUUUUAAAUUAGCUGUCUUAUUAUUGAUGACGAUCAUGUUAAUAUUAUAUGAUUGA